UAACGCGUCUGCUCGGGUCAAGAGCUCGGCCUAGAAUGUCGGGGGAGCGGAGCGCGCGGCCCGACGCAGCGGGCUGGGCCCCAGACAUGCGCAGAAACACUCGGAGACCACGCGGCGACGGAUCGAGCGCGGAUUGGUCAGCAGACUGCUGCAAUGCAGGCUGCAGACACGCGGUCGCCUCGUGAAAGGGUACAAUGUUCACUGGCGCGCCCUGGGCCGCCCCCAGCACCGGGGGGGGGGGGGGGUAGCAACGUCACAACAAGUCGGCGCGCGAAUCGGUCUGCGCCGGCCCGGGGACUCCCGUGUCGGCCGGCGACACACGUGGUUAUUACAUCAUCGAGACGAGGCAACGAAUAACGCAGGCGCACCACAAACCAAUCAGCGUCGUGGUUUUGCGAGCGCUGAUUGGCCAGUGUUCGCCGGCUCGUUUGCGUUGUUUGCUUUGAAAAUUUUUGAACAAAAAUACACGAUCCUUUAUAAUCGACGCACGGCGAUAUUUCGUAAAUGUUUUUUUAUAGUUUGAUUGGGAUUGGUGCGCGAAAGGCGGCUUGGAGUAAGUAAAUCUAAAGCAAAUCGUAAUGAGGUACUGUUUUGCGGUAGGUUGCCGACAUAAAGUUGUAAAAGAUAGAUGUCAAGGAUGCAAAUUCUUCAGGUUUCCAAAGGAUGCUGAGUCGAGGAAGAACUGGAUAGCAUUGUGCAGACCUGAUGGUCGGAUUCCAGGUCCAAAUGCUCGUCUCUGCAGCUGCCACUUUAAAUAUGGUGACAAAAGCAAAGGUCCUUCAAUAUUCAGUACUGAGUAUAAUGAUGCUGAAGGCAGUGAAGAUGACAACGGAGAUGAGGGCAGCACUGACCAGGUCAGGAGCUCGUUCAAGAAGCCGCUGGACCCGGAGAAGCGCGCGCAGCUGGUGCAGCAGGCCAUUGCCGACACCCAGGAGCGUGAGGCGCGUCACCGACACAUCAGGAAAGCCCUGGACCAGCUGAAGGAGUCGGGCCGCCACACGCGCCCGCUAGCAGAGGAGAUCCGCAGGUCGGACUCGGCCGCCCUGCUCAAGAAGACGUACUGGCCGACCCGGCAGCGCAAAUACCGCUACGAGUCGCCACCCGUCUCUGACGACUACGUGACGGACGACGACGACAUGCUGGCGGACGCCGACAGCCUGGAGCGUCAGCUGGUCGCCAUGGUCCGCAUGCAGCGCAAGAUCGCCGAGCUGGAGCGGCGUCUGAACUCGCGCCGGCUGCGGCUGCAGGAGGCCACGCGGCGCUACGACGAGGUGUUACAGGAGCUGGACCGGCGCCGCGGUCUGGACGUGCGCGCCGACCGCCGGAGGACCAAGUCGCCGCCGCCGCGGCCGAUGGCGGCGGCCCACCCGGCCACCGUGCCGCCGGCUGGCUCACUGAUGGUGCUGCGCAGCGGAGCCGAGAUGCUGGAGGCCGACCUGCCGCCCGGCGACGACAUGAAGACGCUGCCGACGAACCUGCCGCUGGCGCUGCGCGUCAUCAGCCGGCUGAGGCUGGAGGUGCUGGCGCUGCGCAGCCGCGUGCUGCAUCUCGCCUUCCGCGAGACGACCAUGCGCUGCGAGAUGGUGGACGUGAACCGGUCACACGUCGAGUCCGAGGUGCGCUGGAUGGACUCGCUGAACGCGGUGUUCACACCGGCACAGAAGGCUCGCCUGCGGCCCGGCUGUCCGCCCGUACCCUGGGCCGAGGAGGACUACCUGCGCUCCAUCGAUCUCCGCUGGGUGUGCCGGCGGCGCACCUUCGACUACAUCCGCGAGAAGAUGAAGAUCCCGCUGCCGUCCAUGUUCUCUGUUCGCGCCGUGGCCUCGUUCAACCGUCUCCCAGAGGUGACGCGCCGCUACAACGAGCUGGCGCGACACAAGAAGCUGAGCUUCACUCUCACGACGAAAGACAACGGCUCCGAUACGGAUGAUUCUGAAGUGGCAAAGGCGGCGAAGAAAGAUGCGCCGUCGCCGCCGUCGGCCGAGACGGAGACCGCCCCAAGUGACGCCGCGGCGCCUCAGACCGCAGAGGAGACCGGCAAGCGACCCCGCGGGAGAGGACGCGGCCGCGGCAGGGGGCGAGGGCGCGGCCGCGGCCAGCCGCACGCCCCGGGUGAACGCGGCGUAAAGUGGCGGCCGUCGUUGCCAGCUGACGGUGAUCGGGUGGCCGCUGACCAGACGGUGGCGCGCGGCGGUAAGCGGCGACCGCCGGGGCUGGCCACUGAUCCGCCGCCGCUGACGAAGCGCUCCCGCUGGAACACAGGCCUGCCGGAGUCGGUAGUGGACGACUGGGGUGCGCCCGUGCAGCAGCAUUCGCCCGGCUGGGCCCACCGCGAACACUCACCGUCCAGUAGCGACAUGUCCGAGCCGGAUGAUGGGAUGGGGAUGGUCCCCUCGCUGUAUACCAAUGGCCGAGGGGCGUCACCGGCCCAGCGCAGGGGCCGCGGACGGCCGGCGGCGCGCCAUUGCUGGUCGUGACGCGACAGGGGCGCCACGGCGCACAGUGGAGUGAAGGCUGCCGAGCCAGAGUACAAAGAGGGCGCUGCCGCUCACCAUAAGCGCAGGCCGCUGACUAGGGACACACUGCGAUGCUAUGGGUGACACACAUUCAUGGUGUAUUCCAGUGUGUAGAAAACAACGUUCAUUCUUCAUAUUCAUGCUAGCGAUUCACGCACUGUUACGGUUAGGUUUUAGUUGCACUGUGUUCAUGAAUUCGAUUCAGGCUUGGCAUCCAUGCACGUGCAAAUGAUGCCUUGUUCAGUACCAAGUACCAACAUUGGACGGGUCUUGGAUGCCUGUUUGGAUUACGGGCGUGGGCGGAUAAUGUCACGUUUGCCAAGCACCACGCUGGUCGCCACGAACUCUUGGCGACUAGAAUUGCAUUUGGGUUUUGGUUGUAAGUUUGUUGACACUUGACUAGCUGUUAUGCGAUGCUAGAAAGUCUGAAUAAACGUGCUGUUUGGACAUU